UUAUGUCUCCCAUCCACUCGCUUGCCAUAGUCCUUCUCUAAUACUCUGGACGUGCCAACCCGGCCAUUUCACGGCCUCGUUCUUUCCCCGAGGUCGAUUCCUGAUUACUUCGGUUUCUCUUUCCUGUUUGAUAUUGUCCUUUACUUAUUAAUCGUUCCCACCUAUUGGCUACUAGUACCAUAAUCCUAGUUGAUUCCCUCCAUCGCUCCUUCCCACUCUUUCGUUGCAUGCGAUAACUUUCUGCCACCCCCGCCAUCAUGGCGACUGUGUCGACCGCCCCGUCGGACCUGCCCCUCGAGCAGCUCUCCCUUUACCAUACCUCCGAUCCCUACCUGUCCGCCAUCUUCAUCUUCUACGGUCCCGUUGCGACUGCAAAUGCCACCGUCAGCAGCUCGCGCAUCCAGGCGCAUAUUCUCACCCCCGCUGGCUUCCAAAGUUACCCGCGCAUUACCAUCUCCCCCGCAGCCCCGUUGUACGCCGCCGUCAACCACUUGCCUCGGGAAAAGCAAGGCGAUGAGGUCAGCCGUGGUCUCGCCGUUAGCAUGCUGAAGUACUUCGCAGAGCUGUCGGACCCCGCCAAGGAGUGCCUACAGACUAUCUCCCGCGCCGAGAAACCGGGCCUACGGCUUCCCAAGCUUUUCGAUGAAAUGCAUGCGGCGGAGAUAGCCAAUCGCAUGACGAAAAUAGACCAGACAGCGGACAUUGUGCGCGACAUCCGAGGUGCUUUCCAAGAGCGCAAAGUUCCAUGGGUCGAUAUCGAUGUCGUUCUCCCCGCCGGAGUGAUUCAACCGCCUGCCCAGCCUGAUAAUGAUGAUGAUGAUGAUGUUCAUGAUGGUAAUGCGGACUUGUAUGAUGCGCCUGAUCUCCAAUAUGGACGCUACACGUCCCUUAUUCGAUCAUUGGGAGCGCCGAUGUUUCUGCCUACGUCCCGACUGAAGCGCGCCCCUUCACAGCCGACCAACGUGAGCAAGUCCAGGCUCUUCUCCAAAAGCCAGAAGCAAGCCCUUCGCUUGACCAUGUGCGAGGUGGUGGAUACGGAGGAGAGAUACGUGAACAAGCUCUACACCCUUGUGUGUAACGUCGCGGAAGAGUUCCGGUUAAAGGCCCAAGCAAGAGGCGCAUCUAGUACCAGCCCCGACGAGUCUGAUCUGGCCACGCUUUUCCCGCCAUGCUUGAAUGAGAUCCUAGAGGUCAACAUGGGAUUUCUAGGAGUGAUCCGGCAGAUCCUCGAAGAGACCGAAAAGGAUGCCAUUGAUGAUAUCACAGAGGAUACACAGCUCCCCUCGUCCGUGUCACAGCGAUCCUUCUCUAAAGAGGAAAAUGAUGCGAUUGGUGCUGUGGCGUUCGCCAAUGCGCUUCUGGAAUGGUUUCCCCGCUUCUCCCAGCCUUACGCGGACUAUAUGCGGGCCCAUACUGGCUUCACGCAGACACUCAAUUCAUUCAUGAGAGACAAAAAUUCUAGCUUUUCGAAGCGAGUGUACGAGACGGGAGAGCAAAAGCUGCGUUCCCUUCUCAUGGAGCCGGUACAACGUCUUCCUCGUUACAGUCUCCUAAUCGACACCAUGACCAGCAGCCUGCCUUUGGUUCAUGCUGCUGUACGACCUCUGCUUAAAGCGCGCGAUAUCAUCAAGGACAUCUGCUCGUUGGAUGAUACUUCCUCAACCAACCAUGACCAGAGCUUUCGGCGGUUGAAGGAGUUAGUAGACGGAUGGCCAUCCACGAUCCUGCCGACCGGUCGCUUGAUCACCGCCGUGGAUUUCAACGAGCUGACCCCUCCCUAUCAUCUCGACAUCCCACCAGUUGAGCCCAGCGCGGGCAUUAUGUUGAUCUAUAAAAACUGCCUGGUCUUACUAUCGAAGACUUUGGGAAGUAGGGCGACGGCGCGUGGUCUCCUGGCUGAUUUGGAUAAUGCUGCAGCGGCGACCAACACCGCUCCAAAUUCCCCCGUCUCGAUGGAACUUCGUGUGGUACAGGUGUACGACCUGCACACCGUGCGGUGUACGCAGUCCACGUGUGGCCGGAUUCUGUUUUUGGCUCCUACAUCCGCCACCUCGAGGCCCGACCAGAAUACCACCGUGGACUUGCUGGCGUUGGAGCCCAUCUCCAUGUACGAGGGUCGUGCGAGUCGGAUCAUCGAGGAGAUUGCAAAAGCAAAGAUUGAGGGCAGGUUUUCGGACAGCGAACGGGAGAAUGGCAAAUGGUCGCUGCGGAGUCCCACCGGCACUGUCGGCAAUCUCGGGAUUCUGGCAUGUGUGUUCGAAGAAGAACAGCAUGAGGCCACGCGGAGGGCCAGCUUAUCGCGGAUCAGGGUUGUGUUCGAUACUUCGAGGGCGGUUUGCAGUCAGACGUUGAGCAACUCCGAUUUGGAGGUGAUUGUUUCGGUAUCUUUGGCGAAUGAAGACCAGUACCGGGUGGAUGUAGACUCAGUAGUUGGCACUGCCUCCUCUGACAUGGUCACCGUGGAUAGCUUCGUUCCCGUGCUCUCCAAGCGCCUGUUAAAUGUGCUUCUGCCGCUGCAUGGGCCCCGGAAUCGGUCCAUGACGGAGUCGAUUGUGCACUCCAAUUUCGAGAUCCUCCGAUACCUCACCGGCCAUCUGAUGGCCCAGUUCAAGGUCCCGCGUGGGUUCCGGCCCCCGUCUCCCUCGAAACUGCUCUCCAGUCUUCUGGGUGGGAGCCAGUCCAAAGAAAGCAACACGCCCAACUCCAAGACGCCCAGUUCGGCGGCUCUUCUGGGCGAGUUCCCAAAGAUGCCACCACCCCGAGCCAAUAUGUCGCGGUCGAACACGCUGCCUUCGGUGUUUCCGGGGAAGGAGGAGACCCCGAUUAAGAUCUCGGUCGUGGGCGCCGCACCGUCCAAGGGACAGGAAAGUCCGUUCAGCGCAUUGGAGCAAACGUUUGCCGCGUAUGCACUCGCCUUGCAGUCUCGUAGCGGGAACAUUGUCGGAAGAUCCCUUCGUGGGAGGGACAGUGUCGAUCGGUCCUCGGUCAAUGAGCUUUACAACAUUCUGCUGGAAGACCCGGGAAAGAUUCAAGCCGCAGCAGAAGUACCGGUCGAUACGCUGUUUGUGGCCUUUGAAACCUUCAUGGCAAAUGCGUGGAGUGAACACAUGGGUCCAGUCAUUGACCUCUCCUCAUUGAAGAUCCUUCAAGCUCAGUUCGAUAACAUGUUCCCGCGGGAUUUUGAGGAAAAUUUCCGAAGGUUCUUAGCCGAUAUGAGCCCCCAGAAUCGCCGGGCUCUUGCCUCCAUGAUCCGGCUGCUCGCAGAGCUGCUUGAUGCCUCCGGAAGCGAUGGAGAUCGUGGCGCUUUAACUGCAGCCUUUGCAGAGGUUCUGACAGUCGAAGGGGACCCCAUGCAGCAUAUCUCUCUGUUGGACAGACUUGUGGACGACUUUGACAAUCUAUUUGAUGAAUAUAUUCCUGGCGGUGCCUCGUUGGAGGGCACCCUGAACUGUGACCAGACCAAGUCAGUCUCCCAGACUGCAGGCUCUAUGAACUCCAACGCGUCCUCCUUCAGGAAGCGUUUCGGCUUUAGUCUACACCGGGAAAACUCGAAACUCGAGGGGGAGAGCAAAGUCUCGUCAAUUCUGAGGACGUUGAGCAAGGGCAAGGGCUCUGGCGACUCGGAACCCGGCACGCCAAAGGGCUCGCUGCUACGGUCCAAGUCGAUAGACAUCGACACGGGAUUAGGCUCUCUUUUGCGACCGGGUUCUCGCGACCGCCCAGGCGCCUCCACGUCUCAGGAGCAUCUGCGACGGCCAGGUAGUUCCCAGGAGCAGCCCCCGUCUCUAUCCUCGGUUCGCGGGAUAUCGACAAAUGGGGUGGUGAAAGUGCGUCGCAGGAGAAGGAGCUCCCUGUCCGAUCUUCGACCAGGCACCGCAUCUUCUGAGGUAUCCGUCGUCUCCAGUCAGUCACAGAGACCGGGGACUCCGUUGUCCACGUGCAACCACUCUCGAACUGACUUGGCAACUCCUGCCGGUCCGGCGCGACCUCAGACCAGCCAUGGCUCCGGCUCCACCGUGCGCAGCACAUCACCGGCCAAGAGUGGCUCGCCUGCGCGGUUGGCUUCUCCCACUCGCCGGUCACCAACACGUCCCGUCACUCCGAGCCGGAAAGAGAAUAUCGAUCCCAAAUUACCGCAGACGGAGCGCGCUAGCCGGAAGAAGGGAGAUGCGUCUGUAUCGCCUACUCAAGAGUCCAAGAGAAGGUCUCGAGCGACUAGCAUCCCCUCAUCUCGGGCUCCUGGUUUAAAGGAGCGACCUAUCCAGGUAAAUGGCUCUGAUGCGAGACGGCUGCAACCAACAUCUUCCCAGAAGACCCCCAAAUUGCGGUUGCAGAGCCCUCAAAAGCUUCGGGACCGUCUCAAUAGUGAAAAGCGAGCGCAGAACAUGGCACAGCAGAGUCUCAAGGAUGAGCUCGACCUGAUCGGGGAAGAACUCCGGGCGCUGCGACUUCCGCCAUCGAUCAAUAAAGGGGAUGGGCAAGGCCCCGAGGCACUUGACGAACCCUUCGCCUCGCCAACCUCCAAUGCUGUCCUUGCAUCGCGUGUUCGCAACUUGGAGUUGAAGUUUGAGAUGCUAUCCGGGGAGUUCAGUGGCCGGACGGCCGCCAUUGAAAAGGACCUGGAAUCGUCGCUUGUGGUCAGUGAAAAACGAGCCAAAAAGCUCGACGAACUUUAUCGCGAAGCCAGUGCCGAAAACGAGGCGCUCUACGAUCGUUUCAAUUCGGAGCUGAGUAAAGUUGCUAAAGAUGUGCGCGCUGGAAAUGCUGAAGAAUCCCUCAAAUCCCAGCUCUCGUCGGCCUUGGAAGAAAUCGGACGGCUGAAGAAGGAGAAUUUCCGCCUGAAACGAGAGGUUGGAGGCUUACGCGCUCAGCAAGCGGCGGUGGCCUUGUUAAAGGCAAGCGAAUAAACGAUCUACCUGGGGCUGGUUGAGUAGGCUGCUUUUCUUUACUUUAAUUUCUUAUUUCUCUUUUUUUCCCUGGGAUAUCUUCGAACUGGAUAUGAGUGAUGCCUAUUACUGGAAGACGUCCUUUCCUUUUCUUCCUUCUUUUUCUUCUUGGAAUCUAUUCCGGUGGCUUCCGGCGUGGGUGAUGCUCAGGAGCGUCCUUCUCUUUCUGUCCCA